AUGAAAUCUUUAACAACUGCUUUGAUCGUCUGUUUAUUUGGCUAUGUUUACUCAGCUUUAUCCGUUCAACAGUUUGUUGAUAAAAUGUUAUCAAAUACACAGAAUAAAGAACAACUUGUUGAAAGUAAUCCAGAAUUAGUUAAUCAUGUUUAUCGAUAUUUUCAAGAAGUAUAUCCUCGUCAAGAUUCAGGUAGAAUGAUCGAUUUUAAAGCAUCUCAACGUGUGGAAAUAUUUAAAUCAAAUUUAAAAUAUGUUAUUCGACAUAAUGAAGAUCCUUCAUCAACAUUUAAAUUAAAAAUAAAUGAAUUUAGUGAUUGGACUGAUGAAGAAAGAGAUAGAUUACGUUCGAAAAUACAUGCUCAACCAAAUAGUAAGAAACAAUCAACGGAAUUACGUAGUCGCGCAGUAAUUCCACCAGAAUAUGAUUGGACUAAUCAAACGCGCGUCCCAGGGGCUGUUACGCCUGUUAAAAAUCAACAUCAUUGUGGUUCAUGUUAUGCUUUUGGUUUUGUUGGAGGUUUAGAAAAAACAUAUGCAGAAAUUUAUAAAGAAUCUGGUCCAUUAAGUCCACAACAAAUAAUUGAUUGUUCAGGACAAGGUGGCUGUGAUGGAGGAAGUUUUGUUGGAUCAUUUUAUUAUCUUCAAAGAAAUCAUUAUAAACUUAAUUUAGAAAAAGAUUAUCCACAACCAGCCAAUGCUGCAGAAAAACAAAAAUGUCAACAUUCAGAUGGAGUACUGCUUACAUAUAAUUCAACAUAUAAACUUCAAUAUCACGAAAUACCAGCUGAAGAUGAAGAAUUUAUGAAAAAAAUUGUGUAUGAACAAGGUCCAGUUGUUGUUUCUUUUGAUUGUGGAGAACGUACAGGCAAUGAUACUAUCUUACGAGAAGUAUCACAAAAAUUUGAUCAUUAUGCAUCUGGUAUUUUUGAUGUACCUGGCUGUCCAGCAAAUAGAAAUCUGAAUCAUAAUCCUGUUGUUGUUGGUUAUGGUACUGAAAAUGGUGUUGACUAUUGGAAAAUAAAAAAUUCAUGGGGAGCAGACUGGGGUGAGGAUGGUUAUAUCAAAGUUAAACGAAAUGAUAACAUGUGUGGAAUUGCUACUUCUUCUUUUUAUGCUGGAUUAUUUUCGGAUCGUGACUCUCAUUAA